AGAGCGCGUCUCGUGUGUAUCGUCCGGUCCCCUUUACCUCUACAACACGCCGUCAGCGUAAUCUCCUUACUACGCUAGCAUCGUCGCUCGUUACAGGUGAAAGAAGGCUACGCGUGUCGAAGCAGCCCCGGUGUGAUAUCGGACUUUGGUGGUGUUCCCUUCGCCGAUGCUGCCGCAUCCUUGGCUACGUCAUGCGGAUCGAGAUACAGAUUAUCUCGCUGUGGCUAAGCAUAUGUGCCACGAUGCAAUACGUAGAUAGCUCUUCACCUACCACCCUAAACCAGCCCAUCUACACAAACUCAAUACAGAGGGUCGUCACUAACAGGACGAGUUUGAAUACAGACAUCAAACCAUUGAAGAAGGUGUUUCUCUCUAACAGAGCUGUUACGUGUAAUGACGGAUCACAGGCAGGAUUUUAUUUACGUAAAUCUUUCAACAGCAGAAAAUGGAUCAUCUUUCUCGAAGGCGGAUGGUAUUGUUAUGACACUUACAGCUGCAGAAAUAGAUGGCUGAAACAAAGGCAUUAUAUGACGUCGUCAAAAUGGCCCGAAACCAAAGAUGUCGGUGGUAUUCUGUCAUCAAACAUGGAGGAAAACCCAUAUUGGUGGAACGCCAAUCACGUUUUCGUACCGUACUGCAGCAGCGACUCGUGGAGCGGAACCAAGCGAUCGGAAAAACAAGGAAUGUUCAGUUUUAUGGGUUCGUCUAUCGUGCUACAAGUGGUUCGUGAUCUAAUUCCACUAGGAUUAGAGAACAGUACCGAUUUGUUAUUAGCCGGUAGCAGUGCUGGAGGAACUGGAGUCAUGAUCAACUUAGAUUUCGUUGAAGAACUCCUCCACGAGCAAAUGUUCCUGAAACAAAUCAAAGUGAGGGGUGUAACGGAUUCUGGAUGGUUCCUGGAUAGAACCCCGUACGCUCCAACUAUAAAACCUGCGGUGGAUGCAAUCAGAAAGGGAAUGGAACUGUGGGAAGGAAAAGUGCCAAGACGUUGUAGGGAACAGUACUUGAGCGAACCGUGGAGAUGUUACUUUGGAUACAGAUUGUAUCCAACGUUAAAAACUCCAUUAUUCGUAUUUCAAUGGCUGUUUGAUGAAGCACAAAUGGACGCUGACAAUGUUGGUGCACCAGUGACCAAACAACAAUGGGACUACAUACAUAAAAUGGGUGAUGCUCUGAGGCAUAGUUUUCAAAAUGUCUCGGCAGUUUUUGCGCCAUCCUGUAUAUCUCAUUCGGUUUUAACGAAGAGGGAUUGGCAAGAAGUGAAAAUUGACGAUAUCUCUAUUGCUGACGCUUUACACUGUUGGGUACAGAAAACGAAUAGAAGAAGGAUAAAACGUCGGAAAAAUCACAAGAAGAAAAAGCAACUGAAGAAGCAGAAACAGCUUCAACGAUCCGAACAACAACUGGAAAACAACUUAAAACGCGAUAACAAAGUCGAUCGAGAAACGAGAAACAAGAAAAAGAAGCGAAGAAGAGAAAGAAAACAAAAAGAAAGAAAGAGAAAGAGACAGGAGGAACAGAAUCGUCUGAAAGAUGUCGGAAAGAAUAGGACGAAGAAUUCGAUACCUCAGAAGAAUGUUUACUCUUUCGAGAACAGAACGAGGAAAUCAUCUAGUUCUGUGGCUCAAAAGAGACAGAGAAAUAAGCACUGUGCCCAUAGGAGACUGGAAAGGUGUUCGUGGCCUCAGUGUAACCAUUCUUGUCCGAAACUCCACAACCCUUUCACCGGUGAGGAGAUGGACUUCAUAGAACUCCUCAAGUCCUUUGGACUGGAUAUGGAAAAUGUGGCAAAUGCCUUAGGCAUCGACAUGGAAACCUUAAACAACAUGGACCACGGCGAACUACUUAACCUACUCACACAACAAACGAACUAAAUUUUAUUUAAUCUAAACUCUGUCUCAGUGAGCGCGUUGUGAUGAACAAACAUUUCUAGAAUAAGUCGAAAAUUUUUGCAAGAAUAUCUAAUUAAUAAUUUGGAAAUCAUUUCUAAUAGAGCUCGUCAAAUAUAGGAUGGUAUCUUGCGAUUUAAUUUUGAAAAACAAUGACAUUUAAAAACGAUAUUCAUUUUUGUUGCAAUUUUAAAAUGUCAUUACAUUGUAAUAUCUAAUUAGCAAAUUUAAAAAGUACACUAGUAAAUUAGUGAAAAGGAUGCUGCUGUUUGGCCGCAAUAAGAACGUUAAAUUGUGGCGUUAUCUUCGACAAAGCAAGGUGCAUAUCAUCUGCGACGUUCAAUCGGUUGCGACUUUUUGUUUUUAUUGAGACCAGAACCGAGAACCCUGCCUCAGCAAAGCUACGUAGUAGCAAAUUGGAUCAGAACGGACAUAGCUCGCUUGACAAGAAGAGGGUAAGCUUGACUUAAAGAACACUAAAACUCUCUAAGAUAUUUUGCAUGAAAUUCAGUUUUGAAAACUUCUUUUGCUCUUAUGCCAAUUAAAUCAUCUUUAAUGAGAUCUUCAUCGCUGAUAUUAUCCGUGUCGAUUAUAAAUGGACCCCGCACCCACGUUUCAUUUUCAAGCGAUUCUAAGUUAAAGUAGCCUUCAAAAGAAGUUUCCAAUGUAUCCUAAUGUUUAGACACCUCUUUCUGUAGCAUUUUUGAGAUCGUGUUACCGUCACCUUGAGCUAUUAACUCUUCAAACAUCGGCAAAUUUGCAAAGUUACCAGAUUCCACCCUUUUUUUCCAAAGUGGCAGUUUACAUAUGAAACCUUUCAACCGUUCAGAUGCAUUCACGAUGGUCACCGCAAAGCCCUGAAGAGACAAGUUAAUCUCAUUCAAUUGAGUAAAUAUAUCUGCCAAAUACGCUAGCCUCCGUACAAAAUCUUUGCUCUUAAUAUAUUCAGACAGUGAAUUUCCUUUAUCUUUUAGAAAAAGUAACACUUCUGCCCUCAACUCAAACAAUCGCUUUAAGACAUGUUCCCUUAACAGCCAACGAACUUCUGCGUAGUAAAGCAGAGUACUUCAUGUUCUGACCCCAUUUCUUGAUAAAGUUUUUUAAACAGGCGGUGGUUUAAAGCUCUUGUACCACAUGUAGAAAUAACUUCCUUCAUAAAUGUAGGCAAAGUCCGUGAAGCCAAGGCUUGUCGAUGUAAGACACAAUGAGUUAUUAUGACAUGAGGGAUCUCUUUCUUGACCAAAGCCGCGAAACCAGACUUAUUACCAAGCAUUGCUGGAGCUCCAUCGGUACAGAUACUACCAAGUUUAGUCUUCCAGUCUAUAUUUUUUUCGUUGAAAAACCUUUUUGUCAUUUUAGAAACAUCUGAACCCCUUGUAGUCUCCAAAAGUGAAUUGCAAAAAAGAAACUCGUCUUUAAUACUCCGUGUGUUUUUUUGUAAGUAACGGACAAAUACCAAGAGUUGGUUACAUUGUGACACAUCAGUGCUUUCAUCCAAUUGAAUGCUGAAUGCAAACGGUGAAGCAAUUAAUUCUUCAACGACUUAAAUAUUUGACGACGUUUCAACAAUUCUAAAAUGAAUAACAUCGUUUGAUAAGGGAACAGCUUCAACUUUGUUUUUUUGAUCCUUACGCGAAUCGCCUAGUAUUUAGUGAUUAAAUACCUACUGAAUUUGCUGCCCUACGCUAUUUUUUUUCUUAAUAAAUAUGUUUACAGUUAACUGGCGUAACACGGACCGCGGGGGGACCCAUGAUACACAUGCUAUGGACCCCUAAGGGGUCCGUGGACCACACUUUAAGAAACCCUGAUUUAAACCAAAAACUCGUAAUACAAAACUAAAUUGUCAAAAAGAUUGACAAUGUCAGGAAAUAAAUAAAUGUGGCAACUUCACAUUUUUUACAACAGAGCUACCACCUGAAUCCCCUGCGGGAAAUUUAAAUUCCAGUUGGUCAGCCCGGUGCCGAGUAUGUCCAUGGAUGGCAACAAUGAAUUUAAAAAUCGCGCCCUCGAUUACGUAACUAAAAGUUUAAUUGGUAUCAAAUAUAUGUUUCUUUACUGCGCAAAUAUGUGCGUUUGCAUGGAGAUACAUAAUCGCAUAUCAUCAUAUAUUUGAUAAGCUGUAAGUAUGUUCAAAACAAAUUCUCAUUUUUUCCAUAGGAUUCAACGAUUUUAAUUUAAUAUGUUUGUUAUUUAUAUAAGUCGUGUAAAAUAUUUAAUCAGUAUUUUUUGUUAUUUUGUUAGUUUUGUAUAAUUGUACAUAAAAUUUUUAUCGGAGUACUAUAGUUUCUAAGGUAUUGUACAUAACUUAUAUGUUCUAUUUAAAAAUACAGGGUUUAUAUUUUUAGAAACGUUAUUUUAAAACAAGUAGUAUAAAAAAACCUAGUGCAGUAAAUUUUGAAAUCCUGUUUACAAUAAUUGAAAAUAUUUUUAAUAACGCGCUUUAAGAAACCCUGUAUAAACAUUUAUUGUAUAUAUUACAUUUAUAACUAACUACCAUAACAAAUAUUUUGUAUAUAUGAAAUAAUUUAUUGUGUAUUUGUGUUCAAAACAUCGAAAAACCUGCUUUUUCGGAAAACUGCUUAUUUUCCAAAGUAGAAUUUAUGUUUUGAUGGAGAAAUACGACUUAUUGAUGUUCGAUUAAAGGGAAUUGAGAAUUAAGUAAAUAUUAUAACGAUCAUUAAGCAGACAAAACAGACGAUUUUAUGUAUUUGUUUUUGACUGCCGAUUAAAUUAUAUACAUAUUUUGAAAAAUAAGCAAUUUUCCUUUUUAGUUUUUCUUUUUAAGAUUUAUUUAUUCGCGUUGUACCCAAAGACGUUUUCUAUUAUGUUUUCAAAUCAAUAGGACUGAUUUUCGUUCUACCUCAUUUGUAUAGUACAUUUAGGUUGUAGAUUUUACUUAAUUUAAUUUUUAUAUUACUAAAUAA